AUGAGCAACUUCUCUUUUCCCGAGUUUGACGACCUUCCAGUGGUAAAAGGUCAGCCAAAAGGAUGUCUCUGGGGCAUUUUCGACGUUGAUGGUCAGAAAGACCAACUGGGAACCCUGAGACUCCUCACCAAGGAAGUUGUACAGAAGGCGAAAGACGAGAUACGAACCGGGACGCAUGUGCAGCUCGACUGGCCCCUCCAUAACAUUGAGUUCCCAGGUUUCGGACGAAUUCCACUACAGCACACCGUCAAGGACCUUGCUGAGGAAGGCUUUGUCGCCUUUGACGACGUUAUUUCUUUCAACACGCAGACAAGCUCUCAAUGGGACAGUUUAAAGCAUUUCGGUAGCCAGAAGACAGCAGUCUACUACAAUGGCUGGACACAUGAUCAGCUCAAGACCUCAAAUGAUCUUGGCAUUCACAAGAUAUGUGACAGAGGCGGUAUAGUCGGUAGAGGCAUUCUCGUAGACUGGCUGAGCUGGUGGGAGCACAAGAAUCCGGGCAUUGAACCACCGUCAGCCAUCAGCUGUCACAAAAUCCCAGUUUCGGAGCUCGAAGCUACGCUCGCCUACCAGGGGACAGAGACAAGACAGGGAGAUAUCCUCAUCGUGAGGAGCGGUUUCGUGAGAUGGCACAACAACGCCAAGGCCGAUAUUCGAGCUCUAGGCACCGAGAAGCAGCAUUAUAUGAUUGGAUUGGAAAAUAAUGACGAGACGGUCAGAUGGCUGUACUCAAAGCACUUUUCGGCAGUGGCUGGCGACACCAUGGGCUUCGAGGCAUGGCCGUACCCAGAAGAUUGCUGCUUACACGAAUGGCUUCUUGUCCAGUGGGGAACACCGAUCGGCGAGCUUUGGGAUCUGGAGGCACUGGCAGAAGAGUGCAAGGCGCAUAACAGGUGGUCCUUCUUCUUAGCAAGCGCUCCAUUGAGAGUGGUUGGUGGAUGUGCCUCGCCCCCCAAUGCCAUCGCUAUCCUGUAG